GAUUUUCAAGAUUUCUCAUUCUUCUGGCAGUUGGGGGAAGAAAUAACUGAAGUACUUGGUUGACACGUUUGCAGGAUGAAAAGAAAACAGUCUGUAAAGUUAGUAUGAGAUUAUUUGCUGCAAAUACUAUUGUAUCCUUUGAGAAUAGCACGGUAAAAGGAGAAAUCUAGUUAAACUACAACGUAGAUGGAAAACCUAUAGACAAAUAGUCACAAAACGACAUUCUCACAGUUGGCAAAAAAGGAUGGGCUGCGGUGUCAAGGCAAAAUACGUUUUUGAAAAGGGGGAUACUAGUAUAAUAAUUAUCAACAUAAAGAUGAUACCAAUGUCCUAACAAGGGAUGAAUGAGGUCCCAGACAAUUUUCUCACUUGUUGUAAGGAGGAAGGAAAUACAAUGACAAUAAAAACUUACAAUUCAGACUAAGCUAGUCACACUAUCACCUCGUGAAGAUAAAAUGCACAGAUCAGCAGAAAAAGAUAGUAAUAUAAAGAAAGGAGAAGAAAAGACGACAGAAGACCAGAGGGUUUUUAUAACUUCCUCUAUUGAAUAUCGCCCUGAUCUCAGUACAUCACAGAGAUGCAGUGCCGGCGUAUUUUAACCCUGGUCACUGGGCUGGUGGAGUGCAUGGGCUUUGCGGGAAUCAUCUUUGGAUGGGCUUCACUUGUUUUUGUACUGAAGAAAGAACAUUAUUUUGAAAAUUUGUGUCCAUCCCCAGUGAACCAAAGUCUUAAUACUACCUUCACGUGUCCUUCUCAGGAUGAAAAACUUUCACUGGUUUUUACGAUUGCGGCCUUCAUUAAUAAUGUCAUGGCUUUUCCCAGUGGGAUCAUUUUUGAUUGUUUGGGAACUUUAGUGACUCGUUUCAUUGCAAUAUUUCUGUAUACUGCAGCCACGCUACUUAUUGCAUUUUCUACCUCAGAUACCGCUCUUCUCUUGUUCCCUGCAUUCUCCUUAUUAGCGACAGGUGGAAUCAACUUUAUUUUAACUAAUAUUCAGGCGGGAAAUCUUUUUGAUAGACAUCGCUCCACAAUUAUAACACUGUAUAAUGGGGCUUUUGACUCCUCUUCCGUGAUUUUUCUGAUUUUCAAGGUAUUAUAUCAGAAAGGAAUUUCUCUACGCAUCAUUUUUUUUAGUUUCUCCGCUUUCAGCAUUUUACAUAUUUUAAGAACUAUUUUUCUGAUGCCAAAAAAACAUAUUCCUUACCCUGUGCCUAAGGGAUACCAAUAUGGUCUGCAGUGUGGAAAACAUUAUGCGGAUGUUACCAAGACCACAGAAGUACAUAAUGAUGAAGACACACAAAUAAAAACAAUAGACAAGUCAGAAAACAUACCUAUUAAACCAGCUCUAAAAGAUCAAUCUGAAGUUCCAUCAUUCUGGAGCUGCGUAUUCUCUUCUCUAUUCUUCUAUCACUUGAUUUGGCUCUCGAUCAUGCAGCUUCGUCAUUAUAUGUUUAUUGGAACUCUCAAUCCAACACUAACACAUCUCAGCAAGGGAGAUACACAAAUAGUGAGUCAGUAUACAAACGUCUUUGCAAUAUUCCAGUUUUGUGGUAUUUUGUGCGCUCCAUGGAAUGGCCUUAUCAUGGACAGACAUAAAAAGAAAAAUAAAGUUUCAGACUCGCUGGCUGACAUGCGUUCAGCCGUGCUUUCGUUGGCUCUUACUGCUGUGCAGUGCGUGCUGUUUUCUUUGUGUGCUGCGAUACAGAUGCUUCCAGCGCUGUACGCGACUUUUACCCUGCAAGUGCUGAAUCGUUCAUUCCUGUAUGGAGGAAAUGCAGCUUUCCUGUUCAUCGCAUUUCCAGCCAUUCACUUUGGAAAGUUGUAUGGCUUAAUUAUGUCUCUUUCGGCACUGGUGUCUCUCUUGCAGUAUCCAGCAUUUUACAUUAUCAAGACUUAUCUACAUGGUGACCCCUUCUACGUGAACAUCGCUUUUUUGAUUCUGGUAUUCCUGGCUUUUCUUCACCCGGUCAAUGUUUUCCGUAUCUGCAGAAAACGACAGAAUCAGGCAGCAGUGAAUUAAUUGUGCCAAUGGACCUUCCUUUUAAACUUUGUCUUACCAUAACACAAUUUUUAGGGAUAAUAUAAAUAGAUUUAUACAUAGACAUUUAGUUCAGUUUUUAAAACAUAAAAGUUUCAUUUUGCCAACAGCUGCAGCUCUCAGUGCCAGAAGAGGCCCAUUUAUAAAGCUCCGAAUGGAGCUUGAGGGCCCGUGUUUCUGGCGAGUCUUCAGACUCGCCAGAAACAGCAGUUAUGAAGCAGCGGUCUAAAGACCGCUGCUCCAUAACCCUGUCCGCCUGCUCUGAUAAGGCGGACGACAUCGCCGGAAUUCAACCCGAUCGAGUACGAUCUGGUUGAUUGACACCCCCCCUAUUGGCCGCGAGUCUGCAGGGGGCGGCGUUGCACCAGCAGCUCACAAGAGCUGCUGGCGCAAUGCUGAAUACUGAGAGCGUAUUGCUCUCCGCAUUCAGCAAUGUCUGUCGGACCUAAUCCGCACUGUCGGAUCAGGUCCAACAGACAUUUGAUAAAUAUGCCUCAUCAUCAGUAUUGCAGCAUCUCCGUUACUCAAAGGUGAAUAGUACUGCAUGGUUGCCCUUUUUUACACAUCUAGUAAUACUGACUAAUACAACACAGAAGGUGGCUGAUAAAGGUGCAGUCUACCUAAUUUUUUAUUGUUUAAAAAAAUAGAUAACUCCUUUACUCCCCAGCUUUGCAUAAACAACAUUGUCAUAUUAAUAUACUUUAUAACCUCUAAACCUCUGACUGUUUCUAAGUUCCUGCAGGGCGCCUCUUAUCUCAGUGCAUAGUAUCAGCUUUUGCAUUUGUGCCAUAUAGAUAACGGUGCUCACUUCUGUGGAGUUAUACAUGAAUCAACACUAAUUGGCUAAAAUGCAAGUUUGUAAAAAGCACUUAAAUAACGGGGCAAAAAUGUUCAAGUAGAUUGUCUCUUUAAAGGGACACUCAAGUCAAAUUACAUUUUCAUGAUUCAGAUACAGCAUGUAAUUUUAAACAACUUUCCAGUUCACUUCCAUUAAAAAAAAUGUGCACAGUCUUUUAUAUUUACACUUUUUGAGUCACCAGCUCCUACUGAGCAUGUGCAAGAAUUCACAGACUAUACAUAUAUGCAUUUGUGAUUGGCUGAUUGCUAUCACAUGGUAGAGGGGGGGUGGAAAUAUACAUAACUUUGAAAUUUGUUAGAAAAAAAUCUACUACUCAUUUGAAAUUCAGAGUAAAUGCUAUUGUAUUGUCUUGUUAUCUUGCAUUUGUUGAUUAUGCAAAUCUGUGUUUACUGGUCCUUUAAGAAUAAUAAUUGACUGUGUUCAGCUACAAAUAGUCAAA